AAACAUCGCCGGCAAUGACGUGGACUAUUUGUCACCGUCGUCAACCUCCAACAUUCAUACCCUCAAUCCCAACACCACAUUAUUCUGUCUAUAUUCUACAUAUCUAUAUCUAUACCCAACUUGUACAUUCUGCAUAAAAACCUUUGUACAAUGUAUACUCACACCACCACACCCAUUUCCUGCACUUUCCCUUUCCAAUCCCACAAACUCAAACUCAAACCCAUAUAUUUAAACCCAUCAAGUUCACACCUUUAUUCACAUUUCAACAAUUCAAGAUUCAUUAAAUUCCAACAUUUUAACAAGUGGGCCCACCUUCAAACUUGUUAUAAUUCAUUGAAUACCCAAAAAUCACAAGACCCACUUGAAUUAGAGCAAGAAAAUAGUAAUAUGAAGAUUGAUGGUGGUGAGAAUGGAGGUGGUGAUGGUGGUGGUGGUGGCAAAACGACGUCGUUUUUGAUAUUCUUAUUUUGGGGUGGACUUAUGUAUUAUGUUUUGCUUGCUGCACCUAACCAAACUCCGUCAACAGACAUGUAUCUACUGAAAAAGCUGUGCUUUUUGAUUGGUGAUGAUGGUUUCCAACUGAAUCGAGUGAUUGUGUCUCUUUGGAACAUCAUGGGAUUAUGGCCUUUAGUGUAUUCUAUGCUGUUGAUUCCAUCUGGCAGAAGCUCAAAAGGAAAUGUUCCUGUAUUCCCAUUCUCCAUACUCUCAUUCUUCUUGGGAGCAUAUGCUCUAAUACCGUAUUUUGUUCUUUGGAGACCGCCACCACCAGCUAUUGAAGAAGGGGAACUGAAAAGAUGGCCGCUGAACUUUCUCGAGUCAAAACUGACAGCCGGGGUGGUCUUUGCUUUAGGAUUAGGUCUAAUCGUCAAUGCGGGCUUAGCCACCGGGGACAAUUGGAAGGAGUUUCUCCAGUACUUUGGAGGGAGCAGACUCAUUCAUGCUACUAGCAUUGACUUUGCACUACUAUCUACUUUUGCCCCUUUUUGGGUCUACAACGAUAUGACUGCUAGAAAAUGGAGCGAUAAGGGGUUUUGGCUUCUUCCCUUAUCUGUGGUUCCAUUUCUAGGUCCUGCUAUAUAUCUUCUUUUAAGGCCAUCGUUAUCAGCAGUCGCUGUUACAUCAAGCUUGCCUGGAUUAAAGGAGGAAUAAUGCAUGUGUAUGUAGUUCGAAGAGCUGUCUGCUCACUUGCCCCGGAAUGAUAGCCACGGUCAAACGCACUAGGAAUAGAUUCUGAAUGUAACAUUUUGUGUACGAUUUUGAAGGAAUGUACAAUAAGUUUUUCGUGAAGAGAGGAAAAAAGUCAAUCUUUAAUACUUGACUCAUGAACAACUAUAGAAUAUAUGUCUCAUUUAACUUCUUGCAUCUUAA